AUGUGGACUGAUGACUUGAUUGGGGACAAGACCCCCCCGUAUGCGAUCUUGUCGCACACCUGGAAAGAAGGGCAGGAGGUGACAUUUACCGAUCUGAAAGGCCUAGACAACGCAGCAGAUGCCAACGCGCGGAACAAGGAAGGGUAUCAGAAGCUUCGCUUUUGUGCGCAACAGGCUAAGCGCGACGGUUUGGAAUACUUCUGGGUAGACACCUGCUGCAUCGACAAGUCAAACAACACGGAACUGUCAAAAGCGAUCAACUCUAUGUUCCGAUGGUACCAGAACGCCAAAAAGUGUUAUGUCUUCCUUUCAGAUGUCGGCAGUGACACUUUAGAAGGUGAUGACGAGACGGCGUUCAAGCAGAGCAGGUGGUUUAAACGAGGCUGGACCCUCCAGGAACUUCUUGCUCCCCAUUCUGUUGAGUUCUUCUCUAAAGAGGGAGUGCGGCUGGGGGACAAGGAGUCGCUCAAGCACACUAUACACGAGGUUACCGGAAUCUCCAUGAAAGCUCUGUCAGGGAGCGACUUGUCCGAGUUUGACAUUGCCAAGCGUUUCUCUUGGGCAGCGAAUCGGCAGACGACAGAGGAAGAAGAUGAAGCAUAUUGUCUGUUCGGCAUAUUCGGCGUUCACCUACCACUGAUCUACGGCGAAGGCAAAGAGAGAGCGUUGAAACGAUUGAAGAAAGAGAUAGAGACUUCCGAGGAUGCCUCUGUGAAUAAUACGAAGACUCGCAGCCGAAGCCAAGAGGAGAGAAUCAGCAAGAUCUGCAGCUGGCUUUCAGCGCCUGACCCAUCCACAAACUACUACAAAGCGCACAAACAGCGCCAGGCUGAGACUGGGCUCUGGCUACUGGAAAGCGCAAAUUUCAUAGAAUGGAAAGAGAGAGCACUGUCACGACUGUGGCUGUACGGGAUCCCAGGAUGUGGAAAGACUAUCCUGAGCUCUACUAUCAUCGAGCAUCUACUACAGUACUGCCAUGGUAACAUUAGCAUGGUGACGACGUACUUCUACUUCGACUUCAAUGACAUACAGAAACAGGAUCCGGAGUUGAUGCUCCGCUCAUUGCUCUGCCAGCUCGUGCAGCGUUCGAUUACGAUACCUAAAGGCGUUGACGCAUUGUUCUCGUCCUGUGAGAACGGGCAACGAUGGCCAUCAGUGAAUGCGCUUUUGGAAGUAACACAGCAGGCCGCGCGAGAAUUUACGCAGGUUUACGUUGUUGUCGAUGCUCUCGACGAAUGCAUACAGCGCUCGGAAUUGAUGGACAUGCUUGAAACAAUAGCUAGCUGGCGGCUUGAUAAUCUACAUCUGCUUAUGACCAGCCGAAAAGAGCGGGAUAUCGAGAAGUAUUUGGAGGGCUACGUUAAGGAAGAGGACGCGGUGUGUCUUCAAAGGGACGUAGUGGACCAGGACAUACAACGAUACGUUCAACAAAGGCUGCGUGACGACAAGAGCUUGGCAAAAUGGAAUAGAGACGCUACUGUUAGGCAAGAGAUCGAGGCGGCACUAAUGUUUGGAGCCCGCGGAAUCCAUCUUCGAAAGACAGGAGACGACAUGGAACGGAUAAGUCACCUAGCGAUGGACUUAAUGAAUAUUGAAAAGCCUGCAUUUCUCACCUGGAUCCGGUUGUAUGAUCCGGACCGUCCUGGAGAGAGGCAAAACUUGGAGAGAAGUCUAGAUAGUAUACCCCCGCCGCUCUAUUAUGCAGCAGAGUUAGGCUUAAGGACGAUUGCGAGAUUACUACUUGAUCAAGGUGUCGACGUCAACGCACAGGGCGGACGCUACGGUAAUGCUCUACAGGCGGCUUCACGUAAAGGCCGCUGGCAGAUAGUCGAGAUGCUGCUCGACAAGGGCGCCGAUGUUAACGCGCAGGGUGGAGAGUAUAGCAACACACUAUAUGCAGCUUCGCGCAUAGGCCACUGGAAAAUAGUAAGAAUGCUGCUUAACAAGGACGCCGACGUUAACGCGCAAGGUGGAUACUUCGGUAACGCACUGCAAGCCGCUUUAGCUAGAGGCCACGAGCAGAUAGUUGAGAUGCUGCUCGACAAGGGUGCUGAGGUUAACGCACAGGGCGGACGCUACGGUAAUGCUCUACAGGCGGCUUCACGUAAAGGCCGCCGGCAGAUAGUCGAGAUGCUGCUCGACAAGGGCGCCGAUGUUAAUGCGCAGGGUGGAGAGUACGGCAACGCACUGCAGGCAGCUUCAGCAGAAGGCCACGAGGCGAUUGUGAAGCUGCUGCUCGAUAAGGGCGCCGAGGUCAACGCGCAGGGUGGACACUACGGCAAUGCACUGCAGGCAGCUUCAGCUAGAGGCUACGGGCAGGUAGUCAAGGCGCUGAUCGACCGGGGCGCCGAGGUGAACGCGCAGGGUGCAAUCUACGGCAAUGCACUGCAGGCAGCUUCAGUUAGAGGCUACGGGCAGGUAGUCAAGGCGCUGAUCGACCAGGGCGCCGAGGUCAACGCGCAGGGUGGAGUCUAUGGCAGUGCACUGCAGGCAGCUUCAGCUAGAGGCUACGGGCAGGUAGUCAAGACACUGAUCGACCAGGGCGCCGAGGUCAACGCGCAGGGUGGAGAGUACGGCAAUGCACUGCAGGCAGCUUCAGCUGGAGGCUACGGGCAGGUAGUCAAGGCGCUGCUCGACAAGGGCGCCAACGUUAACGCGCAGGAUAAAGACUUCGGCAACGCACUGCAGGCAGCUUCAGACGGAGGCCACGAGCAGAUAGUCCAAAUGCUGAUCGACCAGGGCGCCGAGGUCAACGCGCAAGGUGGAGAGUACGGCAACGCACUGCAGGCAGCUUCAGACGGAGGCCACGAGCAGAUAGUCCAAAUGCUGCUCGACAAGGGCGCCGAGGUCAACGCGCAAGGUGGAGAGUACGGCAACGCACUGCAGGCAGCUUCAGCUAGAGGCCACGAGCAGGUAGUCAAGACACUGAUCGACCAGGGCGCCGAGGUCAACGCGCAAGGUGGAGAGUACGGCAACGCACUGCAGGUAGCUUCAGACGGAGGCCACGAGCAGAUAGUCCAAAUGCUGCUCGACAAGGGCGCCGAGGUCAACGCGCAGGGUGGAGAGUACGGCAACGCACUGCAGGCAGCUUCAGCUAGAGGCCACGAGCAGGUAGUCAAGACACUGAUCGACCAGGGCGCCGAGGUCAACGCGCAGGGUGGAGAGUACGGCAACGCACUGCAGGCAGCUUUAGCUGGAGGCUACGAACAGGUAGUCAAGGCGCUGCUUGAUGCGGGUGCUCAUCAACAUCAGGAAGGCAACACUGUAUCAGGGUCCGAAUAGCAUCGCUCAGGCCCUAAGCAGGUAUUUUUAGGUGCGUAGUAAGCAUCUGUCAGAUAUUCACUCUCAUCUGGAAUACUGAUGAAAUAGGUAAUAAUGGUGAUGAUAUUGAU